AUGAGUCUGAAGAAAGAGGCAGCCUCGGAUAGCAUAUGGCAAGACCGUGACAUAAGAUUCGAUCUCGAUUCAAAGUUAUUACGUCUGAUCCCUGGUGAGCAUCUGGUUGAGCGUAUCGACGGCGUUGAGGAUACGAAAGGAAAUAAUGGUGACAAGGGCUCGCUUCGAGUGACGAAUAUUCGGCUUAUUUGAUAUAAUUCAAUAAAUGGUGUGACGACACGAUUAGCGAAUUCAAAAAUCCGUGGUCAAGCUGAAUCACUCUAUCUAAUGGCCAGAAAUGCGAACACUCGUUUCGAAUUCAUUUUCACUUGUGUGAAUCCCACUCAGACCAAGUUGUUCACCACGGUAAUUGCAAUCCACCGUGCAUAUGAAACGUCGAAAAUGUAUCGUGAACUAAAAAUGCGAGGCGCGGUCAUUGAUGAUCAACAGCAACUGAGAAUAUUGCCAUUGGAACAACAUUGUGAUCGCAUUGAAGGCGUUUGGAAUUUAAGUUCUGAUCAGGGUAAUUUAGGUGUGUUGAUACUAACAAAUGUUCGGAUUGUAUGGUUUGCCUCUAUGAAUUCGAUGUACAACGUGAGUAUACCCUAUCUGCAGCUGUAUUGCUGUCGAAUAAGGGAUUCAAAAUUCGGUCUUGCACUCGUUAUUGAGACCUCAGCCAUUAGUGGUGAAUAUGUUUUGGGGUUCCGAGUGGAUCCUGAAGAAAGACUUCAGAACGUGUGCAAAACUAUUCAAGUUCUCCAUAAAGCAUUCUUGGUCAAGCCAAUAUUCGGGGUGCAGCACAGUCGUGAACGACCCGGUACUCCUCAAGCAGUCGGUCAGACCGUCGAACGUGUCGAAGAGGAUAUUGAACUAGACGAACGACCCCUAAGGGCUGAUGCUUUUGCAGCAUAUUUUUCUGACGGUAUCACGUCGGAAGAAGUUCGUCCACCUGUAUAUUCCGAAGAACUUGGUGUGGCCAUCGAGCAAUUAAAACCUGGUUUCACUAUUGCUGAUCUAUGGAAUAUACAUGUUGACUGA